UAUAACAAGAAUGAUACAAUGGCUUUUAAUAACGCACAAGCAUAUGAAUUUCGAUGUGGCUAAGGAAGGUCAAAAGUAUGUCGACAAAUUGGAAAUGAUGGAAAAUUUGCGCAGAUGGAUAAAUGAUUACUUGCAUGGAAAUCAAGGAAAACUAUCACCGAAAAAGAAAGCACAGCUGCUCAAAAUAAAGAAACGAUUACCCAACGAUACUUUAUCUGAUCGCAUCAAAUUGAUGGAAAUAACGGAGCUGUUCAACUUUCAAGAGCCCGAAGAUUAUCACGGCAAUUGGAAUGGAAAACAUUUGAACCAGCUAAUAGGAAGGUUUGAACGCAAUGUAAAGAAACUGAAGGCCAUUGAUGACGAGAUGAUGUUGCUCAUAAGUCAUAUACACGAUCUGCAUUCCUACAUCGAGUAUGUGAAAAGGGCGGGCUUUUCAAAAGCCAGAGAGUUAUCAUUAUUGAAACGAGUGAAUUGGUCAGUCCGAAAGACCAAACCCAAUAUUCCUGAUAUGAGUUUUAUACUAAAAUUGGACCAUAAGAAGGACUUGGUGCCUGAUAUGUAUCAUUAUCUAGAUGCGUAAAUAUUGAAGAUUACGUGGGGUUAUAAGAAAUAAUUUAUUAAGCAA